AUGGAAGAAAUCCACAGAUAUUUACAGCCAGAUAGCUCGCAACAACACAACUUCCUAUAUCCACUUAUCUUUCAGGAGUAUAUUUAUGCACUUGCUCAGGAUCAUGGUUUAAAUAGAAAUAGGUCGAUUUUGUUGGAAAAUUCAGGUUAUAACAAUAAAUUGAGUUUCCUAAUUGUGAAACGGUUAAUUACUCGAAUGUAUCAACAGAAUCAUUUUAUUAUUUCGACUAAUGAUUCUAACAAAAAUCCGUUUUUGGGGUGCAACAAGAGUUUGUAUUCUCAAAUGAUAUCAGAGGGGUUUGCAUGUAUUGUGGAAAUUCCGUUUUCUAUACGAUUAAUAUCUUCUUUAUCUUCUUUCGAAGGCAAAAAGAUUUUCAAAUCUCAUAAUUUACGAUCAAUUCAUUCAACAUUUCCUUUUUUAGAGGACAAUUUUGCACAUCUAAAUUAUGUAUUAGAUAUACUAAUACCCUACCCCGUUCAUCUGGAAAUCUUGGUUCAAACUCUUCGCUAUUGGGUAAAAGAUGCCUCUUCUUUACAUUUAUUACGAUUCUUUCUCCACGAAUAUUGUAAUUUGAAUAGUCUUAUUACUUCAAAGAAGCCCGGUUACUCCUUUUCAAAAAAAAAUCAAAGAUUCUUCUUCUUCUUAUAUAAUUCUUAUGUAUAUGAAUGCGAAUCCACUUUCGUCUUUCUACGGAACCAAUCUUCUCAUUUACGAUCAACAUCUUUUGGAGCCCUUCUUGAACGAAUAUAUUUCUAUGGAAAAAUAGAACGUCUUGUAGAAGUCUUUGCUAAGGAUUUUCAGGUUACCCUAUGGUUAUUCAAGGAUCCUUUCAUGCAUUAUGUUAGGUAUGAAGGAAAAUCAAUUCUGGCUUCAAAAGGGACGUUUCCUUUGAUGAAUAAAUGGAAAUUUUACCUUGUCAAUUUUUGGCAAUGUCAUUUUUCUAUGUACUUUCACACAGGAAGGAUCCAUAUAAACCAAUUAUCCAACCAUUCCCGUGACUUUAUGGGCUAUCUUUCAAGUGUGCGACUAAAUCAUUCAAUGGUACGUAGUCAAAUGUUAGAAAAUUCAUUUCUAAUCAAUAAUCCAAUUAAGAAGUUCGAGACCCUUGUUCCAAUUAUUCCUUUGAUUGGAUCAUUAGCUAAAGCACACUUUUGUACCGUAUUAGGGCAUCCCAUUAGUAAACCAGUUUGGUCCGAUUUAUCAGAUUCUGAUAUUAUUGACCGAUUUGGGCGUAUAUGCAGAAAUCUUUUUCAUUAUUAUAGCGGAUCUUCCAAAAAAAAGACUUUAUAUCGAAUAAAGUAUAUACUUCGACUUUCUUGUGCUAGAACUUUAGCUCGGAAACACAAAAGUACUGUACGCACUUUUUUGAAAAGAUCGGGCUCGGAAUUAUUGGAAGAAUUCUUAACGUCGGAAGAACAAGUUCUUUCUUUGACCUUCCCACGAGCUUCGUCUAGUUUGUGGGGAGUAUAUAGAAGUCGGAUUUGGUAUUUGGAUAUUUUUUGUAUCAAUGAUCUGGCGAAUUAUCAAUGA